CUCGCAGCUGAAGCGGUUGCCUUCCGGGAAGGAGCAUCUUCCCAGCACUGGGAGCGCCUUGGGAUUGGCCGCAGCAGGGCGCCGUGGGACGUGGCCCAACCUGGGACAAGCGCCUUCUCUCCGAGGGCGCAGGACACAUGGAACGGCGCUGCCUGGACCAGAUGACCGGUUCUAACGAGUUCAAGCUCAACCAGCCACCCGAGGACGGCAUCUCCUCGGUGAAGUUCAGCCCCAACACCUCCCAGUUCCUGCUGGUCUCCUCCUGGGACACGUCGGUGCGCCUCUACGAUGUGCCGGCCAACUCCCUGCGGCUCAAGUACCAGCACACCGGGGCCGUGCUGGACUGCGCGUUCUACGAUCCAACGCAUGCCUGGAGUGGGGGAUUAGACCAUCAAUUGAAAAUGCAUGAUUUGAACACUGAUCAAGAAAAUCUUGUUGGAACCCAUGACGCCCCUAUCCGAUGUGUUGAAUACUGUCCAGAAGUGAAUGUGAUGGUUACUGGGAGUUGGGAUCAGACAGUUAAAUUGUGGGAUCCCAGAACUCCUUGUAAUGCUGGGACCUUCUCUCAGCCUGAAAAGGUGUAUACCCUCUCUGUGUCUGGAGACCGGCUGAUUGUGGGCACUGCGGGCCGCAGAGUGUUGGUGUGGGACCUACGGAACAUGGGCUACGUGCAGCAGCGCCGGGAGUCUAGCCUGAAGUACCAGACUCGCUGCAUACGGGCAUUUCCGAACAAGCAGGGUUAUGUAUUAAGCUCUAUUGAAGGCCGAGUGGCAGUAGAGUACCUGGACCCAAGCCCUGAGGUGCAGAAGAAGAAGUAUGCCUUCAAGUGUCACAGACUGAAAGAAAACAAUAUUGAGCAGAUUUACCCAGUCAAUGCCAUUUCCUUUCACAACAUCCACAAUACAUUUGCCACGGGUGGUUCCGAUGGAUUUGUAAAUAUUUGGGAUCCGUUUAACAAAAAGCGACUGUGUCAGUUCCAUCGGUACCCCACCAGCAUCGCGUCACUUGCCUUCAGUAAUGAUGGGACUACGCUUGCAAUAGCAUCAUCAUAUAUGUAUGAAAUGGAUGACACGGAACAUCCUGAAGAUGGUAUCUUCAUUCGCCAAGUGACAGAUGCAGAAACAAAACCCAAGUCCACGUAACCAUCUCGUGAAAGUGAUUUCUCUAUGGAAAGCUUUGUUUUGCUUCCUACAAAUACAUGCUUAUUCCCUAAGGGGUGCAUUAUAGUCGUUGCGGACACGUUACUUAGUAUGUGGAUUUCUCUGUUCUCUGUCUUUAGAAACCUUGUCUGCGUGCCCUUUCAUACUGACUUUGUGUAGGAUGAGGAGUCUGUCCUUGUGCAGUAGUCUGAAGGAUUUUCUUUCCCAGCAAGCCUAGUUGCUGUUUAUGAGCAGCUAGAGCUCUUUUUGUAAAAUAAUCUAAACCUGUUAUUUCCAUGCUGUCUAAUAAAUCAGAUUCAGAACCCUAAAAUGUUGGAUGUUUUUAAAUGUCGGUAAUUAAUGUAAUUUACCUCGUGAAGAGGCUUCUGUAAAGCAAAACUCCCUUCAUCCAGGGCCUGGUGAGGAUGACAUGUUACCUUUAGGUGCACACUGCCUCGUUCAAUUGUGUCUAUUCUGAUGGACACUGGGGAUUCAGUCCUUGAUAAAGUGAUCUGUUGGAGUUCUGCCAUUUCCCUCGUGCCCUCUUGCUGGAUCAGCAGGGCCCUUGAGCCAACUGCAGCCUCACAGGACAGGCAUGGCCUGUGUGGCAGCUGACGGGUGCCCUUUGGCACAGCUCUCCUGGUAGUGCUAGUGCAGGAGGGCUCAUGCGGCUCGCCCCUCCCUGUGCCGCUGCAGUCGUCGGAUGCACACACACAGAGCCAAAUGACAGACCCGCCUGUACUUAUCCAUCAAAUGCUAAAUCACAGUGGAGCCCUUGGGAUGGUAAAUAAUGUAAUAGCCGGAGACUAACUGAUGGUAUUGGUUCUUUAGUGUGAUUAUGUGCUUUUUAAAGUCAUAACCACUUGGUUGAGGACAGAACAUAAAUUUAAAACAUUGUUUAACUGAAGGGGAAUUAAUAUAGUGUCGUAAAAGGUGACUAAAUUAAAGAAAUGUUGGGGACCUGUUUUUGAGGUUGUGGUGUGGGUGAGCUU